UGCAUUUAACCCUUUAGCUUUUAUAAAAUAGGUAGGUACUUAACGAAGGUCUGGGCCAGCCCUCAUGGACUCUUAGUCCUUGUGGUCUUAAAAUAACAUGGUAAAUCACUCAACAUUAUGCAUACAAAACAUAUUCAUGUAAGCGGGUUCAACUCGCACUGUCAGGUUUUUAGGGUUCCGUACGGAGAAACGGAGCCAUAUUUCUUUUUAUCUUAAAGUCUAAAGAAACGGGGUCGUCAAAAUUGUCAGUUUUAGGCCAUUUUUGCGAUGGGUUCUAUUCAAAAACUAAACUAGUUAGAAAUAUGAAAUUUAGAUAUAUUUUUAACUUAUAAAAACAACAUUUACAGCUUACAAACCGAAACAUAACUAAUAAUAAUUGUACGGAAGCGCGAGGCCUGACUCGCACUCGGCCGGUUUUUUAAUCGUUCAUGACAUGUUAACGCGUUGGAUAGAUUAGAUUUUUUUCGAUAAAGAUUUAGUAUUUAUAAUAGUCAGUGCGAAACCUGACACAGUGGAAGCGGCCGAAAUGUUGUUUUAUUUAAUUUUGAUUUUGUGCGUGCUAAGCAUCGUAGCUUUGUGUGACUGGUUCAGCCGAGAUGCUAGACUGAUGCGACGGAUUCCCGGACCAAAAGCGUGGCCCAUCAUUGGAAACUCUCUGAGUUAUAAUAUGGGCUCACCUGCGAAGCUGUUUCACUCUCAGAGGUCCAUACAGAAGCGGUAUGGUUCUAUCACACAAAUUCAUGCGAUGAAUGUUCGAAUCGUGAACAUCUCCAACCCUGAAGAUAUGGAAAAAUUGAUGCCCUCUUCUGAAUAUAUCACUAAAGCAGACCCUUAUAUGUUUGCCUCACCGUGGCUUGGAGAAGGCUUGCUAUUGAGUAGUGGCAAGAAAUGGCAACAGCGAAGAAAGCUGCUGACGAAAGCGUUCCACUUCAAUAUCUUGAAGAAAUUCAUGGUGACUUUCGAGCAGGAGACCAAACACUUUGUGAAGCAGAUCCAGAAGGAGACAGUCAAAGACAAGACGGAUUUAGUUGCAGUAGUUAGUCCUGCGGCGUUACGUGUCAUAAGUGAUACAGCUAUGGGCACUUCGCUUGGUGAAGAUGAAGUUGCAUUUGACAAAUAUUUCAACUCAAUAUUAACAAUGGGAGAUUGUUUCAUGAAACGUUUCUCCAAAGUUUGGUUACACAAUAAUUUUUUAUUCAAUCUAAGCGAGACAGCAAAAGUACAAGAGCGUGUCUUGGCGGAUAUACACGCAUUCACCAAGAAAGUGAUUAAAGAUAAGCGUCAACUGUUAGAUGAAAACAGUUUUAAACAGGACAAUCCUGCAGUUUCGUACGAAAAUAAUGAGAAGAUGGCAUUGUUAGACUUGCUUUUGGAAAAUGAAAAAUCAGGAACCAUAGACAGUGAAGGAAUUCGAGAAGAAGUAGAUACAUUUAUGUUUGCGGGGUACGACACUACAACAGUGGCAAUGUCAUUUUUCCUAAUGGCGAUAGCAAACGAGCCGGUUAUACAAGAUAAAAUAUACGAAGAGCUGCACCAGAUUAUGGGCGACACUCAACGAUGCUCAACUAUGGAGGAGCUGAACGAAAUGAAAUAUUUAGAGUGUUGCAUUAAGGAGUCGAUGCGAUUGUACCCCAGCGUUCCGCUCAUAGGCAGGAAACUGUUUAACGACACCGUUUUGAGUGGUUACACAGUGCCAGCGCACACAACCUGUUUUUUCUCGAUAUUCGACCUCCACCGCCGCGCAGAUCUGUUCCCCGAGCCGGAGCGGUUCGACCCAAACAGGUUUCUUCCAGAGAACUGCAUGAAGCGCAACGUGUACUCUUACAUACCCUUUAGUGCUGGUCUUCGAAAUUGUAUAGGUCAAAAGUUCGCGAUGCUCGAGAUGAAGAUGAUGUUGUCAGGUUUGCUGCGCAGAUUCCGCGUGGACCCGGUGACCCGGCCUUCCGAACUUGUCUUCAGAUCUGAUAUGGUUUUACGAACAAACGACCCGAUAUACGUUCGAUUCCGUUUAAGGAAUUAA